UUACUUCCUGGUUCGUGGUUUCAUGUGCUGCUGCUGUAAAGCGGCAGAAGCUAACUAGCUACUUGUUGGAAAGCUUCUUGCUAGCCGAUAAACGUGCAAUCCUGGUGGACAACGAAGUUAGCUAUUUAGCUAUAUUCAAGUCUUUUAGUGAGAAAAUGGAAGAAACCCACAAGCAAGCUGGUGUGUUUCUGGAGCUGAGGCAGCAUUUACAGAGUGGUCUGUUGGUUUUAAGGACUGAUGUUGCAGGGGACCCCGCUGAGGUCACUGUUUCUGGUGGAGAUUCCUUUCUUCAGAUCAAGAUGCCCACAGGGAUGCUGCCUGUGGUGCUGCCACCAGGGGUCGCCCUCACAGAGGGCUCCUGCAGAGAGGUUUCCAACACAAGGGAGGAGGGGCUGCACUUGAGGCUCCGCCUUCAGGUGAACCAGCAUACAGAAGCCCCUGAGAGCAUGAUGAGGAUACUUCAGGUUAAGAAGAGUUACUGCUUCAGCUGUCAGAGGUGCAGGGCACAAGUGCUGACAAAGAGGGUGUUUCAGCGAGUCCUUCCAUUGCCUAAUGGGAACUGGAACACGCUGGUGGAGGACUGGUGCUGCCACCCAGACCCAUUUGCCAACAGGAAACUGCUGCCCAGACCAGGGGACUGUUUACUGGGUGACACCUACUUCCUGUUGCUCAGGGACAGCGAGUGUGAUCAGACCCUCAGACAGGAACCUAGCAAUGCCCACACAGACACCGGUCACAACCAGGGCCCGGCACAGAAGCCCAGUAGGAUGACUUUAGUUCUAUGCAGAGCCUGUGGGGCAGUCCUAGGAGAGACCCUCGCUGCAGAGACAUUGAAGCUCUACAUCACAGAGCUGAUGGUCAAACGGAGUGACGAGGAUGGAGAGGCCAUUAGUAAUGAACACAGAUGGCUGUUCCUGGAGCAGACCGUAGCUGCCAGGCUAGUGGAAUUGUCGUCCACACAGAGUAUAUUCCGCUUUUCUCUCCAGACUCCAAAUGGAAAAGCAUUUAUCCUGCUCUGGCUGCUGAACACCGACUCCCUCGUUGCCUCACUCUCCUUGCCUGUCGUCAGUGGCGACGCCUCCAUCUCUCCUGGAGAUGAUGUUAGUGUCCGUGCUGAACAUCUGUCAUGUGGAGCCAGCAGUGCUGUUAAAGUCCUCUACUUGCCCUGUGCCCCCGGCCUGCACCAGGAUAUUACAGAUGCGUGGGAGAAAGAUGUCAGCGUUCACCCUCUGAUCCUGCCUCAGACCACCUGCCAGGAAGUGAUGGAGCUCUUGACCAGCAGCACUUCCAGCCUCCCCCCGUCUCUGCGCAGCAUGAACUGCUACCAGGUGGCAUUUAUGAGGCUGUGAGAUCGUGCAAUCAUCCUUUCCGGACACAGUUGUGACAGAACAGAUGAAGGACAGUAUGCUCAAUAAACCAUUGCAUUCCAUAUUAAAUACAUUCUUUGUAUAA